GACCUCUUACUAACACUGUUUUCCCAAAAAGAAGAAGCAGCGCACCACGCAUUGUUAAACUUUCAGUUGUUUGUGAAAUUAAAUAAAUAAAAGUGUAAGAAAAGAGCCAAGAAGUAAUUCAAUAUGUCUAACAUAACGGCAGCGGUAAUAGCCAACCGCAACAAGAAGCAUUUCCUGGGCGUUCCCGCUCCUUUGGGCUAUGUUGCCGGCGUUGGUCGAGGAGCGACAGGAUUCACAACCCGUUCUGAUAUCGGUCCUGCCCGUGAUGCCAACGAUGUGUCUGAUGAUCGCCAUGCGCCGCCGGCCACCAAACGUAAGAAAAAAGACGAAGAGGAGGAGGAGGACGAAGACUUGAACGACUCAAACUAUGACGAGUUUAGUGGUUACAGCGGUUCCCUGUUCUCCAAGGAUCCGUACGACAAGGACGACGAGGAGGCUGACGCUAUCUACGAUUCGAUAGACAAAAGAAUGGACGAGAAGCGAAAGGAGUACCGCGAUCGGCGGCUGCGUGAGGACUUGGAGCGGUAUCGCCAGGAGCGACCCAAGAUCCAACAGCAGUUCAGUGACCUGAAACGUUCGCUGGCCAGUGUUACAUCGGAGGAGUGGUCCACGAUUCCGGAAGUGGGCGACAGCCGCAAUAGGAAGCAACGAAAUCCAAGGGCCGAGAAGUUUACGCCGUUGCCAGAUAGCUUGAUAUCGAGAAAUCUUGGCGGCGAGUCAUCCUCCACAUUGGAUCCUUCCUCGGGACUGGCUUCCAUGGUACCUGGCGUAGCCACUCCGGGCAUGUUGACCCCCACGGGAGAUCUGGAUCUGCGAAAGAUUGGCCAGGCCCGUAACACACUUAUGAACGUAAAGCUAUCCCAGGUCUCUGAUUCCGUGACGGGUCAAACGGUAGUGGAUCCCAAAGGGUACCUGACCGAUCUGCAGAGUAUGAUUCCCACCUAUGGCGGUGACAUCAAUGACAUAAAGAAGGCUCGUUUGCUGCUCAAGAGUGUCAGGGAAACAAAUCCUAAUCACCCACCCGCUUGGAUUGCCUCUGCGCGAUUGGAGGAGGUAACUGGCAAGGUUCAGAUGGCCAGGAAUCUGAUCAUGAGGGGAUGCGAAAUGAAUAUCCAGUCUGAGGAUCUUUGGCUGGAGGCUGCUCGUCUUCAGCCCCCGGAUACAGCCAAAGCUGUGAUUGCUCAAGCAGCUCGUCAUAUUCCAACCUCUGUUAGGAUUUGGAUUAAGGCAGCUGAUUUGGAAACGGAAACCAAGGCCAAGCGAAGGGUUUUCAGGAAGGCACUAGAACACAUACCGAACUCUGUUCGUCUAUGGAAGGCUGCUGUUGAGCUGGAGAAUCCCGACGAUGCACGUAUCCUGCUUUCCCGUGCUGUGGAGUGCUGCAACACCAGCGUUGAGCUCUGGUUAGCCCUUGCCCGUCUGGAGACGUAUGAGAACGCUCGAAAGGUCCUGAACAAAGCUCGCGAGAAUAUACCCACGGAUCGCCAGAUUUGGACUACGGCUGCCAAGUUGGAGGAGGCCAAUGGUAACAUACACAUGGUGGAAAAGAUCAUCGAUCGAUCGUUGACCUCGCUGACUGUCAACGGGGUUGAGAUCAACCGUGACCACUGGUUCCAGGAGGCCAUCGAAUCGGAAAAAUCGGGAGCCGUCAACUGCUGUCAGUCCAUUGUAAAAGCUGUUAUUGGAAUAGGAGUGGAGGAAGAGGAUCGCAAGCAGACCUGGAUCGAUGAUGCGGAAUUUUGCGCAAAGGAGAAUGCUUUCGAGUGUGCGCGAGCUGUUUAUGCUCAUGCCCUGCAGAUAUUCCCCUCAAAGAAGAGCAUUUGGCUGCGAGCGGCGUACUUCGAGAAAAACCAUGGCACCCGCGAGUCUCUGGAGGCUUUGUUGCAGCGAGCGGUGGCGCACUGCCCCAAAUCGGAGAUUCUCUGGCUGAUGGGUGCCAAAUCCAAGUGGAUGGCUGGCGAUGUUCCAGCGGCGCGAGGGAUUCUAUCCCUGGCCUUCCAGGCCAAUCCCAAUUCCGAGGAUAUUUGGUUGGCAGCCGUUAAGUUGGAAUCGGAGAACUCGGAGUAUGAGCGGGCCAGACGUUUGUUGGCCAAGGCUAGAGGAUCGGCACCCACGCCUAGGGUGAUGAUGAAGUCAGCUCGCCUCGAAUGGGCCCUGGAGCGAUUCGAUGAAGCUCUUCGAUUGCUCGAAGAAGCCGUAGAAGUGUUCCCGGACUUCCCCAAGCUCUGGAUGAUGAAGGGCCAGAUCGAGGAGCAGCAAAGACGGACGGAUGAUGCGGCUGCCACCUACACUCAGGGCUUGAAAAAGUGUCCCACCUCGAUUCCGCUGUGGAUUCUUUCGGCCAAUCUGGAGGAGCGCAAAGGAGUGCUGACCAGGGCCCGUUCUAUUUUGGAGCGCGGUCGAUUGCGCAAUCCCAAGGUGGCUGUACUUUGGCUAGAGGCCAUCAGGGUGGAACUGCGUGCGGGGCUCAAGGAGAUAGCAAGCACCAUGAUGGCCAGAGCUCUGCAGGAGUGUCCCAAUGCCGGCGAGCUUUGGGCGGAGGCCAUUUUCAUGGAAACUAAGCCUCAGCGCAAGACCAAGUCAGUGGAUGCCCUCAAGAAAUGCGAGCACGACCCACAUGUGCUGCUGGCUGUAUCCAAACUUUUCUGGUCGGAACACAAGUUUUCGAAGUGCAGGGAUUGGUUUAAUCGAACGGUCAAGAUCGAUCCCGACAUGGGCGACGCCUGGGCGUACUUCUACAAGUUUGAAUUGCUCCACGGCACGGAGGCCCAGCAACAGGAGGUCCUAGAUCGUUGCAUUUCCGCAGAACCCACGCAUGGAGAGUCCUGGUGUCGAGUCAGCAAGAACAUCCAGAACUGGCAGUUCAAAACCCCAGAAGUUCUUCGCGCCGUUGUGCGGGAGCUAUCCAUACCGAUUUAAGACUAAUUCUAUUUUGAUUAAACGUGGCGGCCUAGCGCUGCAUUUCUCGAUAUCCUUUGAAUAUGCGAUAAAUUUGCUUGAAGUGCUUGAAGAUGAACUCGCAGAGGAAGAA